AUGACCCCACGGACCAAAACUAUGAUGCUGCCGCUAACUCUGGAAACCAGUCUUUCUCACCUCCUGCUACACCUCCUGCUGUUGUUCCUCCAAUCCUGGCGGGGGAGCGCUCAUCCCCAGUGUUUGGACUACAAGCCUCCGUUUGGGCCUCGCCAGCCACUGGUCUUCUGUAAGGAGUAUGCCAAGUUUGGAUGCUGUGAUAAAGAGAAGGACAAUGAGAUAUCGAAAAAGUUCUUUUCUAUCAUGGACUUCUUUGACUCCUCGGGUUAUGCCACCUGUGGCAAGUACAUACGCAGCAUUCUCUGUCAGGAAUGUUCACCAUAUGCUGCCCACCUCUACGAUGCUGAGGAUGCCAACACACCCAUGCGGGUGCUACCAGGCCUGUGUGGAGACUACUGCUCAGACUACUGGCACCAGUGUCGCUAUACUCUUAGCCUGCUCCUGGAGAACUUGGAGAGCACAGGGCCUGGCAUGGGGCCUGGCACUUUGGCUCGGCUUGCAAAUACGACUGCUGGGAUUGAAGAGGAUCGCCAAAGGUUUUGCGACUUUCUAGAACUAAAGGACAUACAGUACUGCUAUCCCAAUGUGCUGACAAAUGCAGAUCUGAAUGCUAACCUUGGCUUAGUACGUGAAAAUCAGGAGGGCUGCCUUGAGCUGUGCCUGCAGGAGGUUGCCAACGGUCUCCGUAACCCCGUGGCCAUGAUCCACGCUGACGAUGGGACUCAUCGGUUCUUUGUGGCAGAGCAGCUCGGCUACGUGUGGGUGUAUCUGUCCAAUGGCUCAAGGGUGGACCGCCCUUUUCUCAAUCUCACUCAGGCUGUCCUCACCUCACCCUGGGCCGGUGAUGAGAGGGGAUUUCUUUGCAUAGCUCUUCAUCCAAGGUUUACCACGGUCAGGAAAGCCUACGUCUACUACUCUGUAUCGGUCAAGAAGCAGGAGAGGAUACGCAUCAGCGAAUUCACUCUGUCCGCCCAUGAUGACAACCAGCUAGACCACUCCUCUGAAAGAACUAUUCUGGAGGUGGGUCAGCCCGCAUCCAAUCACAAUGGAGGACAGCUUCUCUUUGGUCACGAUGGAUAUCUAUACAUUUUUAUUGGAGAUGGUGGCCGAGCCGGGGACCCUUUCGGAAAAUUUGGCAACUCCCAGAACAAGUCCACUCUUCUGGGCAAGGUGCUUCGUGUCGAUGUUGACAACAAUGAUGAUGGCGCCCCCUACAGCAUCCCAUCAGAUAACCCCUUUAUUGGGGAGAAGGAAUCAUACCCUGAGAUUUAUGCCUAUGGUGUGCGUAAUAUGUGGCGCUGCUCCAUUGACCGUGGGGACCCCAUAACAGGCGAAGGGCGAAGCAGGAUGUUUUGUGGCGAUGUGGGCCAGAACAAAUAUGAGGAGGUGGACCUCAUAGUUAAAGGAGGAAACUAUGGAUGGAGGGCAAAGGAAGGCUUCAGCUGCUAUGACCGCAAACUUUGUCAAAACUCCUCUUUAGAUGACAUCUUGCCCAUCUUUGCCUACCCUCACAAGCUGGGCAAGUCUGUGACAGGAGGGUACAUCUACAGAGGCUGCCAGAUGCCCAACCUCAACGGACUCUACAUUUUUGGUGAUUUCAUGAGUGGGCGUCUAAUGUCACUGAAGGAGAAUACCGCUACGGGUGAAUGGCAGUACACUGAAAUCUGUAUGGGAAAAGACGUGACCUGCCGAUUCCCCAGACUCAUCAACCAGUUCUACAGAUACAUCAUCUCUUUCGCCGAGGACGAGGCAGGUGAGCUGUAUUUCCUCUCCACGGGUAUCGCCAGUGCAUCGGCCAGAGCAGGGGUCAUCUACAAGAUAGUGGACCCUUCCAGGAGAGCAGCACCAGGCAAAUGCAGCAUUAAGCCCUCCCCAGUAAAGAUAAAGGGCAAGCUAAUUCCUUUCUAUCCCAGAGAAGAGUUUGUGAUCAAUAAAAAACCCCGCAUCACUACUGUCCCUACGACAACCACAAGAAAAACAACAACAAAGGCAACGACUACAACAACAACAAAAGCAACAACAAAGGCAACAACAACAAAGGCAUUAACAACACCAAAGAUGUCCACAGCAAUACCCGCCACUGCCACAAGGCCCAAUCGCAGGCCUCCCGGUGCACCUGUCACCCCUAAGUUUUGGCCCACUGUUAGGCCUUCCAUUAAACCUAAUGGUAGACCUACCCCCACCUCGGCCCGGGGACUAGCCAUCAGCAUCAGACCAGGUUAUCGGUCCACCAUCAUGACCGCAGCCAACCGUAGGACUGCUCAAACCCCCGUCAUCUUUACCACACCUUCGACCAGGAGACGAGAGGGUGCUCCCUUACCGCGCCCGACUCGGACCUCUACGCGUCGUCCCCAACCCACGCAGAUGAUGACAACCCCCCGACUAGCAUAUUGGACCCCCAAGCCCUCCAUGUCCUCCAAGCCCAAACCCCAGGAAGAGAAGCUGCAUGUUGGGGGGAAACUCGACAGCGCCAGGGAAGGUAACCAAGUCCAUAAGCGGCCCCGGCUAAGAGGUCGGGGUCGAGGCCGCAAGAGAGGAAGAGGGGGAAGAAAACUACCAGUUGGGUCGGUGAGGCUGGUGAGUGCCGACGGUUUGUCAGAUCGAGGCCGGGUGGAGAUCUUCAUCGGCGGGGAGUGGGGGACAGUGUGCGACGACCUGUUCACCAGCAAGGCAGGGACGGUGGUGUGUCGGCAGCUGGGCUUCGUGACGGCGCUGGCUGUGCUGAAGAAGGCGGUGCUGGGAGAGGCGGACCGUAGCGUCCGGAUCCUGUUGGAUGACGUGCAGUGCGAGGGCAAAGAAAGAUCGCUGCUGGAGUGCAAGAGGUCAAUGGUCGGGAAGCACAACUGCUCACACGAGGAGGACGUGGGAGUAAUAUGUGGUUAUGACGUGGAGGAGGAGUGA